CUUGCGUCGUUACACAAGUUGAUCCUGAUCUAAACCAGUAUAUCAGGACAAUUUUCGAUGGUUAAUGACCAAACUGGUUUAUAUGUUUUCAUGUGGUCGUCCGGUCAAUGGUUAUAUAAUUUGUGGUAUUGAAUUACAUAUUAGUUAUGUUUACAAAUCACAUGAUUACAAACUUAUGUUACGUGGCAGAUAUGACGAAAUCGAUGAGAAAAGUAUGUGAGUAUGAAAUAGAGCUAACUGACGUAGAGAGAGAACUACUAGCAAUUGGCUACAAAAAUGUGAUGACGACUAAGAGAGCAUCAUUGAGAGCAUUAUCUUCCAUUGAAGAAAAGGAAGACUCCAAAGGAAACAAGCAAAACGUGAAAUUGAUUAAUAAAAAGCUAGAGAUAGUUAAACAUGAGUUUUUCAGUGUUUGUAAUGACAUUUUGUCUCUCAUUGAUUCUCAUCUCAUUCCAUCAACUACCAAUGUCGAGUCAACCGUUUAUUACUACGCAAUGAAAGCAAAUUAUUUUCGAUAUAUGGCAGAGUUUGGUUCUGAUGCUGAACGUGAAGGAGCUGCAGAUAAUUCUCUCGAGGCAUAUAAGAUUGCAAUGGAAACGGCAGAGGGUGGUUUAUCGCCAACGAAUAUGGUUAGACUUGGCUUGGCUUUGAACUUCUCGAUUUUCAACUAUGGGAUCCUUAAAUCUACUGAAAGUGCGUGUAAAUUGGCUAAAAAGGCUUACGACGAAGCAAUCUCUGAACUUGACGGUGCUGACAAGCAGUCGUACGAAGAUACCAUGUUUAUCGUAGAGAUACUUCGAGACAAUAUUUCCGUGUGGACAGACGGUAGUAAUAUACAUAAGAGAUAA